CGUUAAUUUUGGCCCUUCUCUCGCCUCUUCCACUCGUUCCAUCUCUCUCUCUCUCUCUCUGCUUCAGCUACGACAAUGUUGAACUACUCACCCACUUCCAUUCACUGCAACAAUGUCCCUUCUCCACCUCCUCUCUGUACUUUCUCUCUUUACACCUCCUUUCUCUCAUCAUCAUCAUCGUCUUCAUCGUCUUCUUCUUCUUCUUCUUCUUCUUCUUCUUCUUCUUCUCUCUCCGUAAUCUCAUCUCCUCUUCCCCAGCAGCAUCUCUUGUCAUUCCAUGUUUCCAAGUACUCCUACUCGAAAUCAACCCUAAAACCUAAGCAGGGAAUGAAAGUGAUGUGUUUGCAAACUGAGCCAUUAAAGGUUAUGAUAUCAGGGGCUCCAGCAUCAGGGAAAGGGACUCAAUGUGAGAUGAUUGUUCAGAAGUUUGGCUUGGUGCAUAUAUCAACUGGAGAUCUUCUAAGGGCUGAAGUAUCAGCUGGGACAGAAAUUGGGAAUAAAGCAAAAGAAUACAUGAGCACGGGUCGUUUGGUUCCUGAUGAAAUUGUGACAACUAUGGUGACAACCCGAUUAUCACAAAAAGAUGUAAAAGAGAAAGGGUGGCUCCUAGAUGGAUACCCACGAAGCUUUGACCAAGCGCAGAGUCUGGAAAAACUGAAGAUCAGACCUGAUAUUUACGUUGUAUUGGAUGUUCUUGAUGAAAUUCUAAUCAACAGAUGUGUUGGUAGAAGGCUGGACCCUGUAACAGGGAAGAUUUACCAUAUAAAAAAUUUCCCUCCAGAGACCGAAGAGAUUAAAGCAAGGCUCAUAACGCGUCCUGAUGACACAGAGGAAAAAGUGAAAUCGCGUCUGCAAAUAUAUAAGCAGAAUGUUGAAGCAAUCAUAUCAACGUACACGGAUAUAUUGAAGAAGGUGUUUGCAUAAUCUAAUCAUCUCAAUAUAUACAUUUUCCUUUUUUUUUUUUUUUUU